AUGAAUAACGUUCCAGUUCCACAACAAGUUCUUGAUUGGCUUUUUAAGGUUUUACAACCGACCUACAAAGAUCCUAAAUCUACUUUCCAUGACGUUGUUCAAGUGUUAGCACAUUUUAAAUUAAGACCGAGGACACGAGUUUUUACAUUCCCAGAUGGGUCAUCCGCUCUAUUAUUAUCACUAUAUGGGACACUUCAAGGCGUCCCAAUUGUUAUUUGGGUUCCUAAGACAUAUCCAGAGACCAUACCGUACGUUUACUUAGACAUAGAUUCAAUCCCAAUCCAUCAGAAAUUGAGUGUUAAUCAAUAUAUGGAUUCUAAUGGUAAGUUUUAUUUACCAAUUUUCUCAGAAUGGAAAGGGACACCUGGUACCAUGCUGAAACUAACACAGCAGUUGCUGGAAAUAUGGAAAACGGCAUAUCCUCUAGUCAAUAACAUUAUUAACGCAUCAAACGUACCCCCAAUUCCAGCAAAGGUCCCUGAACCGAGCAACCCAACUGUUACAAAAUUAGUAGAUAACAACCUAGAAAACAGAGAAGAAGAAACUCGUAAACCAGAGAUACCCGCCAAACCAAUAUCUUUACAACCAAUUAGUACCAACUUUAAAUCACACGAACAAAAUAUUCCACCAAAAGUUCCGAUUCGGCCUUUUCAAUCAACUGUGGAAUAUAGUGCACCUAACUCACCUUCCCCACCUAAGAUACCGCCCAGAGAUUAUGAAUCUACAAACCCUGCUAUAACCUCUCCUACUGGAAAAACACCUCAUGCAUUGAGCCAUAAAGCACUUUCACCACCAAUAUCGCAGAAAGAAGAAACUUCUUUCACUUUUACCCUUCCUCCAGACUUGAUAGAUGAUUUUAUAGAUGUCAAUCCAAACUCUUCGCACAAUGAAUUACUGGAUGCUUUGCAUGGAUUAAUUGAAAAACUUACAAUUCAGGACUCUAAAGAACUUCAUACGAAUAUCAGAAGACAUGAACAACAUAUCAAAGCAGUGCUUGAUAAAUACUCUUCACAUUUAGGGUUUGAAAGGAAUGUUUUGUUACAAUUAAGACAAACACUACAAGAUAACACCGAAAUUGUUACGGAGGAGAUUAAACAACUAGAUAUGGAAAUAAAGAAGGCACAACUUCUAGAAAAUGAACUUGAUCCUGCUCUAAUAGCUAUCCCUGAAACACCAGCGUUUGUCCAAUUGUAUAACUUGGUUGCCAAAGAUCAUGCACUACAUGAUGCGAUCGAGGUUGUUUCCCAACUAUUCCACAGAAAGAAAAUUAGCAUUACUAUGAUGGUAAGAAAGACGAGGGAGCUAUCAUCGGAGCAGUUCAAAACUAGAUACUUAAUAUCUAGGAUUACUGCAUUAUUAGACUAA